AUGGAUCAUGCAUCUACCUCAAAUCAAAAGGUGUCAGUUGGGUCUCAUUAUCAGGACAAUGAUGACUCCAACUCUGACAAUAAUUUAAAUUCUUCUAAUAGUUCCGACUCUGACGAGGAUUCAGUGCCGACACAAUUACAGGAGGCCCAUCUUCAAGAAUAUUACGAUAUUGGCGACCAAAAAUAUGAAUGCGUACACUGCCAGGCAUGUAUGUGGUACCAACAAAAAGUGAAUAGACACAAAAUUACAGCAACUCCUCGCUUUCAUCGUUGCUGCCGUGGAGGAAAAAUUGUUCUCCCAUUCCUUGAACAACCUCCACAGGUGUUGCAAGAUCUUCUAUUUAAUAAAACAUAUUCGGAUAGUAAAAACUACCAGGCUAACAUACGAACAUACAACGCAAUGUUCUCAUUCACCUCCCCCGGAAUGAAGUUCGACACAACAUACUCUAAAAGAGGAGGACCCCCUACUUUGAGACUGCAGGGUCAGACCUGCCAUCGAAUUGGUACAUUACUGCCAGAAACCGGGAAAGCUCCGCAAUAUGCUCAAUUAUACAUCUACGACACGGACAAUGAAGUUGAACACAGAAUAAAAUGUUUCAAGGACAACAAAGGCAUCGAGCGCCCCGUUGUCAAUAAGCUCAAGAUGAUGUUAGAUGAGCACAAUGUUCAUGCCAAAGCUUUUCGAAUGGCAAGGGAUGUUUUAAGGACAAAUUCUUUCACACAUUUAAAACUCAGGCUUAUUUCUGAUAGAUGCGAAGAUGACCGUGUUUACAACAAACCUACUGUCUCAGAAGUGGCUGCACUCAUUGUGGGAGACAUUGAUUCUGCUGAUAAAAGGGACAUCUUAAUUCAGCGCCGCAAUGGUGGUUUGCAACGAAUAGAUGAGUUUCACCCAGCAUAUUUGGCUUAUCAGUAUCCUCUUAUAUUUCCUUAUGGGGAAGAUGGUUACAGGAAAAAUAUAAUGCACAGAUAUUGCCAUGAAACUGAGGUCACUAGGAAAAACCGUCAAAGCAUUAAGGAUUGGUUUUCUUACCGGUUACAACAACGUCACAAAGAGGCAAAAACACUACUUUACUCAAGACGUCUAUUUCAACAAUUCUUAGUCGACGGUUAUGCUAUGAUGGAAUCCGAACGACUGAAUUGGUUGAGGGAUAAUCAAUCGAAGUUAAGAGUGGGCAAAUAUAAUAAUUUGACCACUCAAACUGAUGGUGAUAGAAGAAAUGAACACCAAAAGCGAGGAAAACGAGUUGUUUUGCCAUCAACAUUUGUUGGUAGCAAGAGAUAUAUGGAUCAACUAUAUUUUGACGGUAUGGCCAUUUCAAGUCGAUUGGGAUUCCCUGAUUUAUUUGUUACAUUUACCUGCAACCCAAAUUGGCCUGAAAUUAAAAGAGCAUUGUCAGGAACAGGCCUACAACCCCAUGAUAGGCCAGAUAUCAUUUCAAAAGUUUUCAAAAUAAAGUUUGAUACCCUCAUGGAGGAUAUUACAAAACGCCAUGUCGUCGGAAAAGUGAUUGCAUAUAUGUACACCAUUGAAUUCCAAAAGCGGGGAUUGCCACAUGCGCACAUAUUGAUAUUCCUACACCCACAGAGCAAAUACCCAACACCAUCUGACAUAGACAACAUCAUUUCUGCUAAAAUUCCCGACCCGACUGUUCAUCCCAUUUUAUACAAGUUGGUUAAGGCACAUAUGAUGCAUGGACCCUGUGGCCUCGCGCGCAUGAACUCACAAUGUAUGAAUAAUGGACGCUGUUCUAAAUACUAUCCCAAAAAGUUUAUUGAACACACUAUUGUUGAUGCAGAGGGAUAUCCACUGUAUGUCUCUCCCAGUGAAGCAUGCUGGCGCAUUUACUCUUACAAUAUUCAUGGCAUAAAACCAGCUGUGGAACGUAUGUUCUAUCAUUUGGUUGGGGAGAAACCUAUCUACUAUACAGAUUAUGCACGCAUGGAAAAUGUGCUGGAAACUGCAAGUGUGACUGGAUCAAUGUUUACUGCAUGGCUGGUGGCAAAUGCUAAAUAUGAAGAGGCACGAACAUUAACUUAUGAUCAAUUUGUCUCAAAGUUUGUUUAUCACAAAAAACAGAGAGAAUGGAAACCUCGGAAAAAAGGCUUCACCAUUGGACGUCUCAUAUGGGUUCCGCCAACAGCUGGUGAACUGUUUUACCUACGCAUGAUGUUGACGGUGGCAAAAGGACCAACAACUUAUGAGGAAAUUAGGACCGUGGAUAACAUCUAG